AUGAACAAUUACAUGAAUUAAAGGAAACUAUAAGUUGAAUAAAAAUCUCCUCGUCUGUUGAUAUUUCCUAAAUAAAAAUAGAAUUAAGUUAAUAGUAGAGCUGCUAUGAACUAUUUUACAGAAAUGAAAAAAGAACACUAACAAAUUAAUCAAAAUAAAUAAGUCUUACCUCCAGAAUUUUAUAUAUCUUUAUUAUCAUUAGAGCCAAAACAAUCUCUAUUACAUAAUCCAAAUAUUGAAUUAAUACGAACCUUAAUUGAUAGCUAUCUUAUUAUUAUUGAAUAACUAUAAGGUUAAGAUGGAUUGAUGAUUUAUUUUAAGGAUAAAAUUAAUAGUUUAUUAGAAUAACCAUAAGUUAGAUAAUGUAUUUAAAAAAGUGAUGAUAUCUAAUUGUAAUAAAUGUUAGAAAAAAGUUAACAAUCAUAUUGUAAGUAAUCAAAUGUAGAAGAAAUGGAAGCAUAUAUGAAUAUGAAUAAACCUUAAGUCAGAAACUCUUUAGCUACUUUUUUAACAAUGCAUGAUAGAUUAGAGAAGGAAUAUGAUAAGGCAUAGUAGAUCUUAUAAGAUUAUGAUGAUCAUGUUGCUCAAUUUGAUGAACUUAUGCAAAAAGAUCUUGAUAAUCAAAAGAAUGCAUUAGAAGAUAGAUUAAAAAAAAGAAGUAAAUUCUAUUAAAUAUAUUAUAAUAGAUGAUAUUAAAAAAAGAUAUUCUGGUCAUGAAUAGAGACCAAAUCCUAAUGAUUUUUGA